AUGAUGAUGGAAAGAGCUGCACUGCUGGUGUUUUGCUGCCUGGUCAUGUCUUUAUCAGGCUCCCCAGUCUACCCAUCAAUAAGGUUUGGACAGAGGGACACAUCCAUCCUGAUGACCUCCUCUAUAGAAAAUCAAAUACCAGAGAAGCAAGAGGACAACACUCCCCUUGCUCAAUCUGAGAUAAGGUCAGAAAGACAUGCUGAUGCCAUAUUCACAAACAGCUACAGGAAAGUCCUGGGUCAAAUUUCUGCCAGAAAGUUUCUUCAGACAAUCAUGGGAAAACGUCUUAGAGAGGACACAGAAAGCUAUGUAAAACGUCAAUCAGACAUCUAUGAGGGAACCUACAAACAUGAUCUAACUUCCAUUCAAAGACAACAGAGUUUUAGGGGACAACAUAAUGUCAAGAAUUCCAGGUAA